UGAUAGUAGCUAUGUCCGGGGGAGUCGACUCUAGUGUUUCGGCAUAUCUUCUAAAAAGACAGGGUUAUUCUGUUGAAGGUGCUUAUAUGCGGAAUUGGGAUACAACAGAUGAAAAUGAUAUUUGUACAAGUAAUCAGGAUUGGAGAGAUGUUGACUUUACAAAAGAAUAUUGGGUAAAAGUGUUCACAAAAAUGAUAGAGGAUUAUGAAAAUGGGUUCACUCCAAAUCCUGAUAUCAUUUGUAAUCGUGAAAUCAAGUUUGGUUUAUUUUUAGAUAAAUGUUUGGGACCUAUGUUUAAUGCUAAGUGGUUUGCUACAGGGCAUUAUGUUCAAGUAGAUCACAUUUAUGAUAGAAUAAAGUUAUUAAGAGGUGUUUAUAUUGCUGAAGAUCAAAGUUAUUUCUUGUCAGCUGUUCCUGAAGAAAAGUUUAAAAAAGCAAUUUUUCCUUUUGGAAAAUUAUACAAAACACAAGUAAAGUCAAUAGCUAGUAAUGCAAAUCUUGUUACUGCAAAUAAAAAAGAAAGUAUGGGUGUCUGUUUUAUAGGUAAAAAGAAAAAAUUUGCCGAAUUCUUGAAUCAAUAUCUUGUAACAAAACCUGGUAAUAUCAAAACUAUUAACGGCAGAAUUAUAG